CCUUUUCCCUCGAGAGACAAGUAAAUCCAAGACACUUUGGUUGAGCUUCCUCAAGAUGUUCCCCACCUCCGGCAGUAAAAAGUUAAAAUAGGAUAAAAGGAAAAACUCAGCUUUACCAAAAUGUCUUUUUCCUUUCCAGGCCUCCGGACAAAUCAGACGGUGCGCGACAACACUCCUUCACUCGCGGCCAAGAUCCAUUAAUCAGAGCUCAAUCCGUGGCACACGUGUACCUCGCAACUACACUUCCUUUCCCACCUCACGUGACCCAACCGCGCCUACGGCAUUUGGGAUACGGCCGCUGAUUGGCGCGAGCGGCAUCAUGUUUGUAAACACGAACUUCAAAAGUCCAGGUGUAUGCGAUGGGAUUGAUCGGAAGGUGUGGUUCUUCGAGCCGUUUUGCAGCGGGGCCACCGAGCGGACUCGAAAAAAAUAUCGCAGUAAGUUUAAAUUUCUCUCACUUUCGUCCGUUCCGUGAAAAAGCCUCGGUUGUUCUACCGAGCCUGCACCCACUGCUGCCUUCUGACCCAUCACACGCCCUUGCCAGCGUUUGCUGCUCCCCGGACUUACUCUCCUCCCCUUCCCGCUCUCUUCCUUCCCUUUCCCCCUUUUUUUUUUUUUAUCUCCUCUCCCUUCUCCUCUCCAUAUCUUUUUCUCCUUCUAGGACGCAGUAAAUAAAAAGAGAGAAGAAGGGAAAAGCAAAAUAGCUGAGAGCACUGCCUCUGGCUCGCCCAACAAUGGAAUCGUUCAACUUGCUCAAGUACUGGAGGGGCGGUGGUGGAGCGGCUCUAGCCGCAGCCGCCGCUAGCAUGCACAACACCGCCGCCACCACAACCACCGUCGCCACCUGUGUCCUCGACCCAUCUGGCGAGACCGACGACGAAGACGGCCAUGACGGCGACGAUGGCCCCUUCUUCGAUCUCGAGUUCGCCGUGCCGGAAGAAGACGGCGAGGGGGAGGAGGGGGAAGGUGUAGAACAGAAGGAUGGCUCUGCGGUGGCGGUGGAGGCGGAGGCAGAUGAGGAGGAUGAGGAGGAGAGGGAGUUCAAUUUCGCGGUGUCUUCGGAGGGUAGCUGUGGCGGCGGCCUCCGGUCGGAUUCCCUCUCGCCCUCCGACGAUCUGUUCUUCAAAGGCGAGCUCGUGCCGCUGGAGCCAUCCUCGAUCGUCAUCACCUCCUCCGAGGCCGAUCCCAAGCCCCAGUUCGCCGUCUCCCUUCUCAAGUCCGCCACCAAGUUACGGGUCUUCAUGUUAGGCCUUCGGAAGUCUAAAUCCACACCGGUGGAGCCAAAUGGGGCUCCCACCGCCCCAGCCACGGCCACGGAGGUGGUGGCGGCGUCACCGAAGCAGCAAUCUCAGCCGCAGCAGCAGAGCAAGUUCUUCGUUAAAUUUAAGGUGGAGGAGGUGCCGAUCAUCUCGCUUUUCACCCGCGACAACAGCUCCCGAAACUCCAUCGGCGGUAAAGCGGCCAAACCCCAGGCGGACUCCGCGGCGGCGCCGUCGUCGGCUGCGGCGGAUGAGAAGAAGUUCUCCAAGGAAGUGGUACAGAAGUACCUUAACAAGAUCAAGCCGCUCUACAUCAGAGUAUCGAAGAGGUACGCAGAGAGGCUGAGGUUCUCCGGGCAGCUGACCCCCGGUGGUGCGGCGGCGAGGAACGAAGGGGAGGAAACGGACGCAGAGGCGGAAGUAGCCGAGCCGCCGCCUGCGGCGUCGGCGGCGUCGGCAACCGGAACGGCCAGCGUCGUUAAGGGCCAGAAGGUGAACGUGCCGGCGGGGUUGAAGGUGGUGUGCAAGCGGCUGGGGAAGAGCCGGUCGGCGUCGGCCGCCGUCGCAGCGGUCCCGUCACCGCCCCCGCAGAGGCGGGACGACUCGCUGCUCCAGCAGCAAGACGGGAUCCAGAGCGCCAUCGCGCACUGCAAGCAGUCGUUCCACGCGGCCAAAGGGUCCGAGCCGCCGCUGGAGCGGUCCAAGAGCGAUCCGAGCGAUGGGAGGUCCGAUAAGGGCGACUGCGUUUGAUGAUUUUAUCCUCACCGUUGGUGGACGCGAGACACACAAAAAAAAAAAGGUCAGAUGUCUUGCGAUCUGUAGCCCUUAGUAAAUACUUAGAGCGGCGAAACGUCUCUUUUAGCCGCGGUGACGUUGUGCUUCUUUCUCCUUGUUUUUCAAGAUUUUAAGUGGUGGUGCCUAUGUAAUUAUAUAUCUUCUAUUCUAUAUCUAUUCGAACUUUAUCUUGUGA